UGCUUUUGUUUUCAUGGGAAAAUAAUGCUGUUCUGUCAUGUAGCCUACCUACGAUCAAUAUUUAAGCCCAUGAAGCAAUUUGACAAAAUUUUAGAACUUUCAUCAACAUCUAAAAUAAAGAUUUGCAUUGGGCUACAUGGUGUGUGGGCCACGUCGCUGAAUUUUAUUUUAUCAACAACGUUUUAUUAGCGUGUAUUAAUGCACGGUUAACUUUUGGGGUCGGGCGCAAAUUCAUUUAACAAGUUUAAUCCCCCGUAGGCUAAUACAUCACCCCCUGUUUUCCUCUCAAAUCUUCCUUGGCGUCGCGCCAGAUCCUACGCCCCCCUUACUUGAGAUGCUAGGCAAGCUGAGCCAUAGGAAACGUAGGGAGGGCGAGCGUUCUCGGGCUGAAGUAUUCUCCUGUCACUGAGAGAAGCCGCACUGUUUGUUUUAAACUGAGCUAAGGCUAGCUCUAGAAAUGCAGUAAAUUCUAGGUAGAUGCGACACAGUGGCUGCGAAAGCGCACCGAUUUAUGGACCACGUCUGGAAUCUUUUUUUUAUAUAUAGUUUUGGUCACAUAUAACAGAUGUAUUUUAAUUUAGUUCAAUAAGUCUUUCUUUGUUGGCAUCGUCGAUGGAAGGAACUAAACUGGUAAUACCGUUAUUUGUACGUCUCAAUUAGUUUAUUGCAAAUAAAACAUUUUAAGACGGACGUGAGCUUCCUAAAAAGUGUUACAAUAGUUUGCAAAUCUUCGCGAAAAGUCGGCAAAUGACCUGAUGAUUCAAGGUUUACCGCCCUUUGUCUCAUAGGAUGGAGUGGUCUUUAAAAGGAUGCGCCACCCUGCUGUUUCUAGGCUCUUUGCUGGACCUCACAUGGCCCUUGAAUCCUGGUGACCCUAAUGUGUGCAGCCAAUGGGAGAGUUACACUACCUCAAUCAAGGAAUCAUAUGCCCGCCCAUACGACUGGCCAUCUGAGGAGCCCUGUUCUGAUGCUUGGAGUUUCUAUAAGUGCACCCGUCACAGGAUCACCUACAAGACGGCAUAUCGACAGGCUGUAAAGAUGGCCUACCGCAGGAGGUACCAGUGCUGUCCUGGAUAUUAUGAGAGCAGCAAUAAAUGUGUCCCCCGAUGUACGAAGGAGUGUGUCCACGGGCGAUGCCAGGCCCCGGACCGGUGCCAGUGUGAGGGCGGUUGGCACGGGGAAGACUGCUCCAGCGCCUGUGAUGAGGUGCACUGGGGCCCGGACUGCAAGCAGCUGUGUGCGUGUGAGAACAGGGGCCACUGCGACCCCCUCACGGGCUCCUGUCAGUGUCGCCGAGGAUAUACCGGCGCCCGCUGCGAGGACCCCUGUCCUCCUGGAACCUUCGGCAAGGGCUGUCUGCAAAAGUGCCUGUGUGGAACCGGUGGCUCUUGUGACCCAGAGACUGGGGAGUGUCGAUGCAGAGAAGGGUUCACUGGAACACUCUGUGACCAGCCCUGUUCCAGGGGACGCUGUCCCCACAGAUGCCCCUGUCAGAACGAAGGCCGUUGCCAAGGAGAGGGCGUGUGUGCCUGUCGACCUGGAUGGACGGGAAGGGUGUGUACAGAGCACUGUGCAGUGGGCCGCUUUGGGCUGAACUGCUCUCGGGAGUGUGUGUGUCACAAUGGUGGUCAGUGUGACCCGGAGACAGGACACUGCCAGUGUGCAGCAGGCUUCACAGGGGCCAGAUGCAGUGAGGAGUGUGCAGUGGGCAGCUAUGGCCAGGACUGCCAGGGUGUGUGCGACUGCGCCAAUGGAGCGCGCUGCUACAACAUCCACGGGGGCUGUCUGUGUGAACCCGGGUUCAUGGGCCCGCACUGCAGGGAGAGGAUGUGUCCAGAGGGGACAUACGGCAUGCGCUGCAACCAGCAGUGCCUGUGCCACAGCACGCACACGCAGAGCUGUCACCCAAUGAAGGGGGAGUGCACCUGUCAUCCUGGGUGGGCGGGGCUCUACUGCAAUGAGACCUGCCCACGGGGCUACUACGGCCAGGGUUGCCUAGAGACCUGCCUGUGUCUGAAUGGAGGUGUCUGUGACAGCGUGAGCGGGCGCUGCCAGUGUGCCCCGGGGUACAGGGGGGCGCACUGUGAGAUUCACUGUGAGAAAGGCUUCUUCGGUAAGAACUGCUCACAGUCCUGCACCUGUAUGAACUCCUUGGCCUGUUCCCCUAUCGACGGCACCUGCUUCUGCAAAGAGGGGUGGAAGGGCUUGGACUGCUCCAUUCCGUGUUCUGCUGGGACGUGGGGUCCGGGAUGCAACGGUACAUGCCAGUGUGCGAAUGGGGCUUCAUGUAACCCAGUGGAUGGAACCUGCACUUGUUCAGCGGGCUGGCAGGGGGCGCUGUGUGACCAAGCUUGUCCGACGGGCACCUACGGACCAGGCUGCUUGCAGAAGUGCGACUGCCUCCAUGCAGACAGCUGCCACAGAGCCAGCGGGCAGUGCCAGUGUUUACCAGGCUGGACUGGUGUCCGCUGUACCCAGCCUUGUCCAGAAGGCUUCUGGGGGCGCCAGUGCAACCAAAGCUGCUCCUGCCUAAACGGCGCCACCUGCCUGCGAGACAGUGGCAUUUGCGAGUGUCGUCCUGGAUACCAUGGUCCGCAGUGCCAGCACACAUGCCCACUGGGACACUAUGGGAGGCAGUGUGCUGGGGUGUGUCGCUGUGUCAACAACUCUACAUGCCAUCAUCAAGAUGGCUCCUGCCACUGUAACCCCGGCUGGACUGGGCCUGACUGCUCCCAGCGGUGCGCCCCAGGGACUUAUGGGUCUGGUUGCAGCCAGCGCUGCCUUUGCGAUGGUCUCUGUGAUCAUGUGACAGGGGCAUGUGUCUGCCCGUCAGGCUACACAGGCCACUUCUGCCAGUCCAAAUGCCGGGCCGGCCUGUUUGGGCCAGACUGUGCUCACAGCUGCUCCUGUCCCCCUAAUGCCAGCUGUGACCCGCACACUGGAGCGUGUGUGUGUGAGUCAGGGUGGGGACCUGACUGCAGAACAGAGGAUGGCAUAAGCGUGAUGGUGCCGAUGUCCCCGGUGGAGAAGGACUCGUGGGGGGCGAUCGGGGGGAUAAUCGUGCUGGUGGUUCUGGUGGUGCUGCUGCUGGGACUGCUUCUGCUCUACCGGCGGCGGCAGAAGGACAAGCAGAGCCGCACCCCCACCGUGGCCUUCUCCUCCACCCGCAUGGUCAACUCCCAGUACGCCCUGCCAGAUGUUCCUCUCAACUACCACCACUUCUACUCCAACCCCAGCUACCACACCCUGUCCCAGAACAGACCUCCUCUUCCCCACGUCCCCAACAACCAGGGCCACUCUGUCACCCACGUUAAGAACACGAAUAAUCAGCUCCUCUGUAAUGUGAAGAACAUGGAGAGGGAGAGGCUGGGGCUGUUUGGGGUGGAGAGCAAUGCCUCGCUGCCCGCUGACUGGAAGCACCACGAGACCCCGCCCCGUAAAGACAUGGGAGCAUUCGGAAUCGACCGCAGUUAUAGCUACAGUGCCAGCCUGGGCAAAUAUUACGACAAAGAACUGUCCAAGGACUCAUGCAUGGCUGUGAGCAGCAGCUCCCUGAACAGUGAGAACCCCUACGCCACCAUCAAGGACCUGCCCAUUCCUCAGCCCCGCCCCCUGGAGAGCAGCUACAUGGAGAUGAAGUCGCCCAUCCAGCGCGAGAGGUCAUAUGUGGAAAUCAGGUCGCCGCCCCUACACCCUGCCUCCACGGUUAUGGAACGCUGUACCUUGGGAAAUGUCACUGAGCAGGAGCCCCAGAAUCACUACGACCUCCCUGUCAACAGCCACAUCCCUGGCCACUAUGACCUCCCUCCCGUUCGCCGCCCGCCCUCCCCCACACCCAGGAGACCCCCCCACUGACAGUCCUCUCCCUUGACCAGUGGCCUUCAAUUUCCGCCCAGAGGACCCACUGUGUGUGCUAGUUUUCCUUCUUACUGCAAUUGCAACUCAUAAUAGUAAUAGAGCCGUUAAUUGUUCUUAAUUAGGCAAUUAAUGUCUACUGAAGGUUUAUUUACCAUCUUUAGGUCACAUUAUGUGAGAAAUAGCUGUUUGCCAUGAAGAAUAAAUAUUUAUUCAAUUGUAUGGACAUUUAAUCAAUCAGAUCAAUUCAUGCUCUAAUUUUUUGUAAUAUGCUGUUAUUGCACCAUUACUGAAUAGAUACAAUUGUAGACUCACAGGGGAAAUCGUUCCUGAAAGAAUGGUCUCCUGGUAAUUUAAACUAAACCUUUUGUGAAAAAUGAAGGGUUAAAUAAAAAGCCAUGCCUACAUUAUGUUGGUAGACACUGUGUAAGAACAAGUAGUUAAGAACAGUCAACAGCUCAUUACUGUUCAGGGUUGUAAUUAUGGUAGGAAGGAAAACCAGCAUACACAUUGGGUCCCCAGGACUGUGCUUGAAACCUACUGCCUUAGACCACUAGCAUAUGCUUAACUAAAAAGGAUCAGGAAGCCAAAAACUGUGGGAUUCUCUGAUAGUGCAACACUGCCACCUGGUGGAUGGAUUUCAGCCAUCAGUUGACAAAAACCUGGGAUCCAGAGAGGGCCGAGUGCAUUUAACAUGGAUUUGGGACAUACAGUGGUAUAUACAAACCGAAUUCAGUCAUCCAAUCAAUAUUUCUCUUUGACUUUGGGUCACAUUUACUCCUUAAAUUACCUUGCCAAAAAGUGUUUGUGAAGAAAAAAGAACACCUGAAUUUACUUGUAAAUAAGAUAUAGGGCAACUGUUCCAAGCCAAAAAAUGUUAUGUAUAGUUUACUUGUAAUUGAGGCAUGGACUCCUCUUGGCAUUUAAGUUGAAAUCAUACAGUGGGUUUGUAACCUUACAAAGCACAGUCAUGUUAAAUCAACUGAAAAAGUACUUUGGUCACAUUUAAACUCAUAUUAACUUUUCAAGUUGAAUUAACACAAUAUUUUAUUGUAUGGUUUCAUAUCACUUUAAACAGUUAAGUCCCUGGUAUGCUGUAGGUCCCAUAUUUUUUCAGGACACCUACACAACCUAAAGAAGGACAUAUUUUCAGAGCCUUAUUUGUGGAGCAGUGGGCAAAGUUUUGCUCUUCCUUCAGCUGUACCCUUGGUCAGAAUGUUAUUUGCUGAAUGUAACCAGCCCUUUCCUUGUAAAUAAUGUAUAUAAAAUGUUUGAAUUCUUUCA